GCCGUGCAGUGGCGGGCGAGGGGGGCCGUUAGCUGCCCGGUUUGCCCCGUCGCGGCCGCCCGCUUCGCUGUGCCAUGCGGUAGCUGGCUUCGGCGGGCCCGGGCUCUCGGCGGCCAUGGAGCAGCUCCUGGGCGGCCGGCGGCCCCGGCUGGUUUCCACGUUGGGGCUGGGGCAACGCUCCUGGGAGGUCACCUUAGACGAGGAGCGGGGGCGGCUGGCCUGGCGCAACCCCCGCCCGCCGCGCCGUGGCGGCGAGAACCGUAUUUUACCAAUCUCUGAGAUCAUUGCUGUAGAAGAAACUGAACUUAACAAGAAACAGCGCAAUAUUGGCAAAUGGCAAAAAAUGGCAAAGCCACAUGCUUUCACAGUUUAUUAUGUGAAAAAAGCCCGAAAUCACCGCUGGCGGUGCAGUGAUGUGACAUUUUGGUGUGCUGAUGAGCACUUGUGUAAUCAGUGGAUACAGGUGCUGAAAGAAUUACUUGAAAUGCAGAAGUCUAGACCAAAGCAAUUGCUGGUGUAUAUUAAUCCAUAUGGAGGAAAACGACAAGGGAAGAGAAUUUAUGAACAGAAAGUUGCUCCACUCUUCAGUCUGGCUUCUAUCUCCACUGAUGUUGUUAUAACUGAACAUGCUAACCAUGCUAAGGACAAUUUAUUUGAAGUUAAUAUUAAUAAAUAUGAUGGUGUUGUUUGUGUUGGUGGGGACGGCAUGUUCAGUGAAGUGAUGCAUGGUCUCAUUGGAAGAAUGCAGAAGGACUCUGGCAUAGACCAAAAUAAUCCCAAAGCACCGUUAGUCCAGUGCAAUAUAAGGAUUGGCAUAAUUCCUGCUGGAUCAACAGACUGCAUAUGUUAUUCAACUAUUGGCAUUUCUGAUCCAGUAACAUCAGCUCUUCAUAUUAUUGUAGGUGACUGCCAGCCUUUGGAUGUCUCUUCUGUACAUCAUAACAACACGUUUUUGAAGUACUCUGUAUCAUUGCUGGGUUAUGGUUUUUAUGGAGAUCUAUUAAAAGAUAGCGAAAAGAAGCGGUGGAUGGGUCCGAUAAGAUAUGAUUACUCAGGCUUCAAGACUUUUCUUUCUCAUCAUUACUAUGAAGGAACAAUUUCUUUUCAACCAGCAAAACACGCACUGGGAUCGCCAAGAGAUAAAGAUAGCUGCAGAGCAGGAUGUUACAUUUGCAAGAAAAGUGAGCAGCAGCUGGCAGAACAGCGCAAGGAAUGUGGAUUAAAACAUGAAGAAGAUGAAGAAGAAUGGAAGGUUAUUAAAGGGAAAUUUCUAGCCAUCAAUGCAGUAAAUAUGAGCUGUGCCUGUCCAAGAAGUCCAAAAGGUCUUUCACCAGCAGCUCAUUUGGCCGAUGGUUCAGCUGACCUCAUUCUAGUUCGUAAAUGCUCAAGAUUAGAUUUUCUACGAUAUCUUGUCAGACAUACAAACCAAGAUGAUCAGUUUGACUUCUCAUUUGUUGAUGUUUAUCGGGUGAAGAGUUUUCAGUUUACAUCAAAGUUCUCAGAAGACAAUGAAAGCAGUGUCACAGACAUAGGAAAGAAACGGUUUGGCCAGUUCUGCAGAGAUCAUCCAUCCUGUUGCUGCCAUAUUGCUAAUAGCACCUGGAAUUGUGAUGGAGAAACUCUGGACAGCUCAGCAAUUGAAGUGAGGGUUCACUGCCAGUUAAUGAAACUAUUCGCAAGAGGAAUUGAAGAAAACUGUAAAGAUGAAGCUGCCUACAGCCAGAGUAGCAUUGGACAAUUACUAUAGAUAUUGUUCCUCCAAUGGGGAGAAGAAAACAUAAAAGCUCAAGGAAAUUGAGUAUAUAUGCAUUUUAGUCAAAUUGACAAGUAUUUUUAAAUUGUAGUUCUGUUUUUUUUUAUGGGUUCAGUAUAAUUUUAGACAUAUUAUUGCUUUGUGUCUUUUUUUAAAUCAUGAACAUGUAUCUUGGAGCAAUGUAAUCUAAGUUAUGUUAGAAAAGACAGGGUUGUCAGAGAUAUAUGUGUUCAUGCUAACUGAUAAAUUCUCUGUGCUUUUCUGGAGAGCUACUUUAGUAGUUGUGUUCCAGUAAUAUCUAAAUGUUAUAAAACAUUGCACUUUCCAUUGCCAUCAAAACAAGUUAUUUUCAAUGUCUGAGAAAAUAUUUUCUGCUGGGAGUGCUACAUAGUUGCAUGUGGCUUAAAAUACUGGACAACAGUGUUGUCAUUUGCAUCUGUUUUUAGAAAACUCUUUCGUUUUAUAAUUCUGACUAUACCUUGCAACUUAUCAAUGCAAUUCAAACACACAUUCCUGGCUUUAAGUAACAACAGUAAGAGUUUAGAAAUAACUUUGACAAAUAAAAGCACAUCUAUAUACAGGUCAUACCUUAUCCUACAUAAUCUACUUAUAAAGGCUGCCUUGCAUGAGGCGAUUUGGGAUUAUAAAUGGUUUUGUGGCUGUGUAGAUGACACCAAAUACCACACACUGUAACUGAAAUAUCUUGUAAGCAACUCUCAGUGAUAACUUAUAUCAGGAAGGCACAAAGGAAAUUUUAAAUGCCUUCUGAAACACCAGCAAGUUUUAAUUGUUCUUUAAAUAGCUAAAAUUAAGAUAUGAAAAGCUUCCCUUUUCAGUAUGCAGUUCUUCGGAAAUCUAACUACAUAUGUUAAAAUGUCAUUGCAAAAGAAAAUCUUGGAAUAUUAAGUUUAAA